AAUAUACAGUUGUCUGUAUUUAGCAUUUUAAAGCAGUAUUAAAGAUUUGUGUCAUUCAGGCAAAUGCAAACCUUUAGCGUUUGAAAUGCGCUCUCUAGUUUAUCUAGUAUAGAUGUGACAUUAGGCUGCUACGAGCCUGGAAAGGUGAAUACAUGUGGAAGUUAUGUAUUAUAUGAGGGGGUUAACCCGACUCCCGCUUAAUUCUGGUGGAGGUAAGUAACGCUAUUUUUUGCUAGUAACGCUAUGGCUUCAGAGAAGAGGAGUUGGGACUGGGGCAGCUCGCAAUGCCGAGCCCAGCUGGACGAAAUCUUUUUCCGGGAGCAUGACUACAUCCAGGCUGGCAGCUCUGAACAUAAAGAGUUCUGGGCUUUCUUUGAGCGUUUCCAGAGGUUUAAAACGAAGAGAGACAUGUCAGGCGCUGAAAUCAGAAAGGAGGACAAAGACAAAGGGAGGGACAGGGGCAAGGUGGAUCUUGGCCUUCCCAAAGAGUACGAUGCUCGCUACCGGAUUAACGUAUCUGUGUGCACCAGGGACAUCGAGGAGCGCAUGGGAAAAUCAGAGCAUAGAAGCAGACAGAGGUCCUCCGGACCAGGGGCUCAAGAGGUCUCCGACUGCCGCCUGGCGCUCCUGCAUUUCCUGGAUUUCAGCCAGAAACAGAGUUUUGGCAAACUUGCCAAACUUCGCCGGGAGCAGAAGAACCUGCCCAUCUUCCAGUACCGGGAUCGGAUAGUGGAGCUGGUGCGACUUCACCCAGUGGUUGUAGUGGCAGGGGACACGGGCUGUGGAAAAUCAACCCAAGUCCCUCAGUACCUUCUCUCUGCUGGCUUCAAUAACAUCGCCUGCACCCAGCCUCGGCGCAUUGCCUGUAUAUCCCUGGCAAAGAGAGUCAGCUUUGAGAGCCUCAAUCAGUAUGGAUCAAAGGUGGGGUUCCAGAUCCGCUUUGAGACAAGUCGAACUGCAGCAACCAAGCUGCUGUUCCUUACAGAGGGGCUGCUGCUUCGACAGAUCCAGCAGGACAGUACGCUAGCUCGGUACCAGGUUGUGAUUGUUGACGAGGUCCAUGAGAGACACCUCCAUUGUGACUUUCUUCUCGGGGUCCUGCGUUCUCUGCUGGCUGACCGCCCAGACCUACGUCUCAUCCUCAUGUCAGCCACCAUCAACAUCAAACUGUUCUCUAACUAUUUCAGCGGUGCUCCUGUACUGCAGGUCCCAGGCAGGCUGUUUCCUAUUCAGGUUAUUUACCAGCCCAUUCCUCCUGAGGAGCAGUCCUCAAAGUCUGAGAAACUGGAUCCUAGACCGUAUCUGCGCAUCCUGCAGGGCAUCGAUCAGCGUUACCCCCCAGAGGAGCGUGGUGACCUGCUGCUCUUUCUUAGCGGUGUGGCAGAGAUCUCCACCAUCCAGGAGGCCUGUCAGAUUUAUGCCACACACACACGUCGCUGGAUAAUCUUAACACUGCACAGCACCCUCUCAAUUGCUCAGCAGGAUAAGGUGUUUGACAUUGCUCCUCCUGGGGUGAGAAAGUGCAUCAUCUCUACCAAUAUUGCGGAGACAUCAGUCACAAUAGAUGGAGUGCGCUUUGUUGUUGAUUCAGGAAAGGUGAAAGAAAUGAGUUUUGACCCUAAAGCCAAGAUGCAACGCCUACAAGAGUUCUGGAUCAGCCGAGCCAGCUCUGAGCAGAGAAAAGGUCGAGCUGGUCGUACGGGUCCGGGCGUUUGCUACCGGCUCUACUCAGAGUCUGACUACAAUGCUUUCGCACCUUACCCUGUGCCUGAAAUCCACAGAGUUGCUCUGGACUCCCUCAUUCUUCAGAUGAAGAGCAUGUCUCUUGGAGAUCCACUCUCCUUUGUUUUUAUUGAGCCACCCCCGGCUGCAAGUAUCCAGAAUGCUGUUUUUUAUCUAAAGGAACAGGGGGCGCUAGACAGUCGCGGUGAACUGACCUCUAUUGGUAGUUUGCUGGCACAGCUUCCCGUUGAUGUGGUCAUAGGGAAGAUGCUGGUGUUGGGCUGUUUGUUUAACUUGGUGGAGCCCGUGUUGACGGUGGCAGCAGCCCUCAGCGUUCAGUCACCUUUCCUGCGUAGUUCACAGCACAAUCCAGAUUGUGCCACUGCCCGGCAGCCCCUGCAUAGCAACCAAGGAGACCCCUUUACCCUCCUCAACACUUUCAAUGCCUGGGUGGAGGUAAAAGGGGAGAGAGGUGGCGGAUCAAGAAAAUGGUGCAGAAGGAGAGGCUUGGAGGAGCAGCGGCUAUAUGAGAUGGUGAACCUACGCAGACAGUUCAAGGACUUGCUGAGGAGCCACAGCCUGCUGGAAUCAGAAGAUAGCACUCCCUCUGGUGGUGACCGUGUGCAACGCAGGGAGAGGCUAUCUGAGAGGAGAAAGCUGCAUCAGCUGAAGAGAGAUCAUGAACAGCAGGAGGGAAGCAAACGUAAAGUCCUGAGGCUGGAGGAGGGUCAGGAAGGAGACUUCUCUUCAGGAUCAGACACAGAGGAAACAGGAAGGUCUAAGAGGAACAAGGAGGGGUCUGGACAGAACUUGGACAUACAGGAGGUGAAGUUCAAGUUACGGCAUAAUGUGUCAGAGCUGCAGGAGGCUGUCAGUCAGGACUUGUCCUCACACCAGCAGGCUUUGCUCAAGCUUCUGCUUUGCAGAGGCCUGUACCCUCAGCUGGCACUGCCCGACGAACACAACUCCACCCGCAAAGACUCUGACCAGGUGUUUCACACAAGGAAUAAGCAAGGAGUGGUGAUUCACCCAACCAGUGUGUUUGCUAGUGACCCAGAAGUGUUACAGGUGCCUGAGGGUGACACUGGAGAAAUGGGGCCUGAUAGGAGAGACAGCACCAAACACCAGCUGUUAGCCUUCGUCACUCUGCUGGAGACCAACAAACCCUAUUUGUCAAACUGUGUGCGGGUUCCAGCGCUGCAAGCGCUGCUGCUGGUAGCAAACUCAGUGGACACUAACGCUGACUGUACGCGACUAGUGGUGGACGGCUGGCUGGAGUUGGAGCUGAAGGAGCCAGAGGAGGCUCUGAAGGUGCUGUCCACAGCGCUUACUCUCAGGGCUGAGUGGGAGCGCCUGCUGCAGGCCCAGCUGGGACAGAACUCAACGGGGGGAGCAGCAGUCGGGCAGGGGGUGUCCCGCAGAGUUGUGCAAAAGCUGAGUGAAAGCCUGGUCCGCUUUCUGCUCUACACUGAGGUCAGUUAUAGCCUUCGGCGACUCUCAGCUUUCCAGACCCAGAACCUGUACAUUGGUCCUCAGUCUGAGUCUGUGUUGUCGAACACUAAAGCUGGAGAUUUAAACCCGCUGUUUCCAGGAGCCGAGGCCAAGCCAGACCCCAUUAAAGGAGGCCUACGUGUCACCAACUUUUUCACCUACAACUGUCUGGCUGAUUCAAAAGACCUCUACAGUGAGUGUUUGCGUACUUUCUGGAGCUGUCCCAACUGUGACCUGUACAUGCCUCUAACUCCACUGGAAAGAAUGCAUCAUGAAGCUUCCUGCAGGCUGGCUGGAGAACAGCAGCAGCCCGAGGAAGAGCCAGAGGGUGGAAAAGCAAGCUCAUCAGUGUCAAGCCUUACCAGAGUUUAUCACUGUGAUGUGUGCAAUCAAGACCUGACCCUCACCUCCACUGAGAUCCUCAAACAUAAAAGGCAGCACAUGUAUUCUGCAAAGUAAUGGACCCCAGCAUCCAAAGGAUAACAGCUUUGGUGGCAGUUGUGGGGGGUGUUGUUUUGUUUUUUUUUAAUGGAAAAUUUGUGUCUUCUUCCUCCCUUUUGACUUGUGGAUCUUUUGUUAAGGCAAUGUUCCUGCCCUCUAGUGGUCACUUGUUAUAUUCUGUUGUAGCUUACUGUAAAGUCCUGUUCCUGUAGGAGAGAUGCAGAUUUAUAAAACUAG